GCCAAGAAGCUGCGGGAGGCGGAGCGGCUGUACACUCUCGACGAGUCCAGCGCCUGGGACCACGCGGAGGAGUUCGUGCUGGCCUUGAUGGCGGUGCCCCAGAUCGAGUUGCGUUUGCAGGUUUGGGACUUCGAAAGCUCCUUCCAGGAGAACGUCCGCAGGCUUUCCGAGGCCCAGACGUGCCUCCUGGAGGGCUGCCGGCGGAUGGUGUCCUGCGCCGGCAUCCGGCGCCUUCUGGGCCUGGUACUCGCGGUCGGCAACUUCCUCAACGGGGGCACGCCUCGCGGGCGCGCGGACGGCUUCUCCAUCGAGGCGCUGGCGCAGAUCGGCCAUGUGAAGACCUCCAAGGGCGACGGCCCGCAGACCCUGGUGGACUUCGUCGCGCAGGAGAUGGCGCGCGCGCACCCGGGCGAGCUGGAGGAGCUGUUCUCUCCGGACGGCAGCGCCCAGGUGCUGCGCCGAGCUGCGAGGCCAGUGCACGCCGAGGUGCUCGAGGAGCUCAGGGGCAUGCGCACCGCCCUCGCGCAGAUGCUUCUGGCGCUGUCCUCCGACGAGAGCCGGCAGGACGUGGCGCUGGCACCCCACCGCGAGGCGCUCGCCAUGGCAGACUGGGAGCUCUGCGUGCUGCAGGACCGGUUCGCCGAGCUCGACUGCGUCUACUCGCGCACGUGUGCCUGGCUGCACGUGGCGCAGGCGGGGCAUGGCCGGAAGACCCCAGACGAGCUCUUCGGCGCUUGCGACAGCUUCCUCACAAGCGUGGGCCGUGCCAGG